AGACGCAGCCAUUUUCAUCUCCCCUUGUGUCUCGAUCUCUUUCCUGAAUUUUAUUUUUUUUCGGAUUAUUAUUUUUUUUUCGUCGCCAUUGCUUUCAACCAGAAUCCAUCCAAGUUUUGCUCGAUCGAAAAAAUAUUUAUAUUUUUAUCCGAUUUCCAUUUUGUCUUCAUUUCUUCGGGAUCGCCGAAAUUGAAGAUCGGAUCGACAGUUUCGCGACCUCCAACCCUAGGCAGACUCUCUCUCCGAUAAAUCAUCGAAGAUUUGAUAAUGUUCCGGAGAGAGCGGUUUCGAGUAGGCUUUGUUUUGUAGCAAAAGUUGAACAAUUGUUGGAGAAGAGGGGAAAAUGUCGUCGUCAAACUCUCCAUGUGCUGCGUGCAAAUGCCUCCGUCGAAAGUGCACGCAGGAGUGCGUCUUUGCACCAUAUUUCCCGCCGGACAAUCCUCAGAAAUUCACCAACGUACACAGAGUGUUCGGCGCCAGCAACGUGACAAAGCUUCUCAACGAACUCAACGCCAGCCAGCGCGAGGACGCCGUGAAUUCCUUAGCCUACGAAGCAGAGUACCGUCUCCGUGACCCCGUCUACGGCUGCGUCGGCCUCAUCUCCCUCCUCCAGAACGAUCUAAAGCAAGUCCAGCACGCCCUCGAAAACGCCAAGAAGGAAUUAGCCACCUACAUCGGACCUUCCGCCAUGUUACCAAUCUUCAACCAUCCGAGCAGCUUCAUCCAGCAGCAUCAGAAUUACGGGCAAUCACCUUAUCCGGUAAUACCGUACACCUCUCAGCCGAUGGCCGGGCUGCCAACAGGCGUCCCACACGGUGGCCAGUUCAUGAUUCGAGAUCCACAGCAGCAGCAGUAUCUAGAGGCGCAACAAUUAGCGGCAGUGGCUGCCGCCAGAGAGCAAGAAAUGCUAAGAACAUACGGACAACAGCAGCAGCAACAGAAUGAUCUGGUUAGAUUCAACAGUGGAUUAAUAGAUGACAGUGGUGGAUUCAAUCAAAUUCCAGGCGGUGGUAUGCAACCUUCUUUGGCCUUAGGUUCAUCUUUCGAAGCACUACCUUAUCAUCAAAUCCAGCAGCAGCCUACAAAUGUGCAGGAGAGUUCGAAUUCACAUUCCCAAUCUCAUUCUCAUUCUCAGUCUCAGCAGCUCCAGAUUCAGCAACACGAGCUUUUGAUGCAGCAGCAGCAAUUGCCUCAAUUACACGCCUCAGAAUCACAACAGCAGCCAUUGAUAGCCAAGAGCGAAGGGGCCGGGAGCAUUGAUCCGUCUUGCUAAUCAAACUCCAGCGCUUCAUUGGAAUUACUUCAGAUCUUCACCUGCCCGCUGAGCUUUCAUUCUUAAUUUCAACUACUUCUUCAUCCAGUGAAGAGUAAAUGCAUCAAACCAGUUUAUAGCAAAGAACCCUAGAACAAGAAAAAGACUGCACGUGAAUAAGAUCAGGUCGUCUAUGGGCUAUAAAGGAUUUUCUUUUAUUGUCUUCAGUACCAUUCAUUGCCUAUAUUGUGUCGCGGACGUGUUCAUGCUUCAACUUUUCACGUAAGCAUGAACACCAUGUUUUUGACUUCUCUGGAACAGUUAUUCUAUGUGAGGUUGAAGACCUAAGAAAAUAUUUUGGCUUCGUUUAGAUGUGCCUGUAGAGGAUAUUUGAAAUUAGGAUAUCUGAUGUAAUAUCUAUUUAAAAAAAGAGUAAUUAUUUGAUGGAAUGAUUUUAAUAGAAACGAAUGUACACAUAUAAUGUGAUGUGAUUUUAAAAUGUUUGGUAAUAGCGUGUAAAUAGCAAAUUUAUAGCUACAUUCCUUAGGAAGUGUGCCAAUAAAUUGACUUUUAUAGAUCCCCGUCGUAUUACGAUUACGUGUUUUGAUAUGUUUUAG